AUGGUCCCUAACUCGAAGAGAUUUACCAGUAAGGGUGAAGGGGAGCCCAAUCAAAUUUGGGAGGCCAUGCAGCCGCCGGCUCAGGGAGUCAAGCAUGCUAGGGAGAGAGCUGUGCUAGGGAAUUGGCCUUUGAAUUUAGAUAAUCAUGAAUUGAACAGGAAAGGCAUACAAGGUUCAAUUUCAACACAUUUGCCUUCACUCCGUAGCCUCUCCAGGGGCACGAGUUAUGAGAGAAGUCAUGUAUUGAAGACUAAAGACCUGAGGAGCUACAUGGCAACUCCUUCAAAGCAUAUGCGAGAUACUCAGACUAAGGAACACCCAAACAAUGGCCACUAUCCUGUCAGAAUCGCCUUUGAGACUAACUGGGAUAAUAUAUGGUGUUCUGGCUUCAUAUUCGGCGCGGAGCAGUUGGGAUAUUAG